CUAUGCACAUCGUCCUACGUUGGAGAUGCUAUACUGAGCUACCAUAUUUUGAGUUUGGAACGUCGAGGAGGCAAAUAUGGCAGUUAGCGAAAAUCAACAACGGGCAAAAGCUAGUUGUUAAUAGCCUCCUGAACACCCUGUCGGCGAAGCUAACGUGACAUUCGGAGUGCACUCGGCGCUUCGGUGUACCGGGUCGCGCGCCAAGGACCGCUUUCGCUACUUUCAACCCGUUCAGACGGAGUUGCACACAAGGCAUUCCCACUCGCAGGAACAAAAUCGAUACGCUCAC